UGGCGGAGCUUUUCCGCCCUGGCACCAAACACUUCACGACCAAGCGCCUCCUGGGACCCAAACUUCAGUUUUCAUCCUCACCUUACUACCGUACUUCAACCCGCCAAUACCCGCCCGACCUCAGCUCUAAACCUCCCAUCCUUCUUUCAAUAUGGCUGACAAACUCCGCACACAACAACAGCUCGAAGCGCUGCAGUCCCGCUACCUCGGCGUCGGACACGCGGACACAACCAAAUUCGAAUGGACUUCUAACAUCGCCCGCGACAGUUACGCUUCAUACGUAGGUCAUCCUCAAAUGCUUGCGUACAUGAGCGUAGGGCUGGGACAGAGCCGUGAGAAGACAAGGUUGGACUUCAUUGAAAAGAUGGUCAGACCCGUGGGACCGCCUCCUGAGAGGGAGGAUUGAGGCGGGUAAGAAAGAGUUUUUAUUUGGGCCACAGGCGCUUGGGCUUGUGAUAUGGAAGGACGGGACUGUGGAAUGAGAGAUUGAAACAGGCUUGAACUACAUGAGCUUAAAAAUACAUGAGCUUUCAGUCAAGAGCGUACGAGAAGGAGGGUUCGUCUUCGGUGUCUUCAAUCGCUCUGUUUCUGCAUAGCCAUCUGGGAUAGACAUGAUGUCGCAACGGCAAGGACGAUGGUCCUUGUGAUUGUUUGGUGCUUAGAAGUCAGUAUAUGAUGGGCGA